AUUUGGAGUAACUUCACAGCACAGGCUGCAUUCCGUGGGAGUUUCGGUGCGCUUGCGACGACAACGAUGGAAGCCGAGAUGAAUCCGACGGUGCUGGCCGCCAUGAAGGCGCAGAAGGAAUGGGCGAAAGCAGUGGCAUUCAACCAGGAGGGAAAGAUUAUUGCAGCUACGGCAAAGCCCCUGGACGGUGAAAUUGCGGGGUUCUUGAAGCUGUUUGACAGCCGCGACGAUACGAUGGGCACGGGAAUUGUGUACCUGAAUGAGCAAUACGAUGUCCAUCGAUUCCACCCACCGCUCAUCUAUGGCCGCCGAGGAGACCCGGCCAAAGGCGAAGGCGAAGGUAUCGCGAUUUGCAAAGUCGAAAAAGCGUCGAUCUACGUCCUCAUUACAUACUUCUUGCCCACGCUGUCGUCCCGCGCUGUACCACAGCUGCAAGAUUUCUGUGCCCAGCAUUUCGAGGCACCAGCCCAACAAUAAUCUCGAAGCGCGCGAGCGAAGUGAGGGUAUUGUCGCGGCGGAAAAUACAAGGGUGCGAUGAUCUUGCACGAGCAUGUACUUCGACAAGUAGGAAGAACCUGUCAUCAUUUGGAGAAUAGAACGGCAUUGAUCGUCGGUGGGAAAUGCCGUGAUGGUUUUCGCUCGAACAUAUCAGCCACCCAGGUUUCAUGCAUGGACGAAGGCGAGACGUCGUGGGCAUGGCAAGUCGACAGGUGGUUCCAUCGAAUUGCAUUGUACAUUAAGCGGACGCGGCAGCUUCCUUCUGUUGCUUGAACUCUUUCCACUCUUUGUUAAAUGCGCGCGCCUUGUCCAUGUUGACUUUGCGGCGGAAUGCGUUUUCCUUGGCAAAGCACUCGUUCAAUGCAGCC